GCCGCUGCCCCUGGUGCCGGCGGCGCAUGUGCCCGGCAACCCCUCCCCGGCCCUGGAUUCCACUUCCCCUCCGCUCACGCUGCAGCCGCAGCCGCCUUCAGGCCCCGCGCCGCCUCCGGAGUCCAUGGCCGGGACGCGCUGGGUGCUCGGGGCGCUGCUCCGGGGCUGCGGCUGCAACUGCAGCAGCUGCCGGCGCACCGGCGCCGCCUGCCUGCCCUUCUACUCGGCCGCCGGCUCAUUCCCCUCGGGAGUCUCGGGCCGUCGCCGCCUGCUGCUGCUGCUCGGGGCCGCCGCGGCCGCCGCCUCUCACACGCGGGGCCUCCAGACUGGGCCUGUGCCGGCCGGGAGGCUGGCGGGGCCUCCCCCAGCGGCCGCCUCCGCCGCCGCCGCGGCCGCCGCCUCUUACCCGGCCCUGCGCGCCCCUCUGCUGCCGCAGUCGCUGGCGGCGGCGGCGGCGGGCCCGGCGCGCGGUUACAGCCAGGAGUCCAAAACUACCUACCUGGAAGACCUUCCACCUCUCCCUGAAUAUGAAUUGCCUCCGUCCAAGUUAGGAGAGGAAGUGGAUGACGUUUAUCUCAUUCGAGCUCAAGGAUUACCGUGGUCGUGCACUGUAGAAGAUGUGCUUAGCUUUUUCUCAGACUGUAGAAUUCGCAAUGGUGAGAAUGGAAUCCACUUCCUCUUAAAUAGAGAUGGGAAACGAAGGGGUGAUGCCUUAAUUGAAAUGGAGUCAGAGCAGGAUGUGCAAAAAGCCUUAGAAAAACACCGCAUGUACAUGGGGCAGCGGUAUGUGGAAGUAUAUGAGAUAAACAAUGAAGAUGUGGAUGCCUUAAUGAAGAGCCUGCAUGUCAAAUCUACACCUGUGGUAAAUGAUGGUGUGGUUCGUUUGAGAGGACUUCCUUAUAGUUGCAAUGAGAAAGACAUUAUAGACUUCUUCGCAGGACUGAACAUAGUAGACAUUACUUUUGUCAUGGAUUAUAGAGGGAGAAGAAAAACAGGAGAAGCCUAUGUGCAGUUUGAAGAACCAGAAAUGGCCAACCAAGCCCUUUUGAAACACAGGGAAGAAAUUGGCAACCGAUAUAUAGAGAUAUUUCCAAGCAGAAGGAAUGAAGUUCGAACACAUGUUGGUUCUCAUAAGGGAAAGAAAACGGCAUCUUCUCCCACUGCUAAGUAUAUAACUGAGCCAGAAAUGGUCUUCGAAGAACAUGAAGUAACUGAGGAUAUCCGACCCAUGACGGCUUUUGAAAGUGAGAAGGAAAUAGAAUUGCCUAAGGAGAUGUCAGAAAAGAUUCCAGAGGCUGUUGAUUUUGGAACUACGUCUUCACUACAUUUUGUCCACAUGAGAGGAUUGCCUUUCCAAGCCAAUGCCCAAGACAUUAUAAAUUUUUUUGCUCCACUGAAGCCUGUUAGAAUCACCAUGGAAUACAGUUCCAGUGGGAAGGCCACUGGAGAAGCUGAUGUGCACUUCGAAACCCACGAGGACGCUGUUGCAGCUAUGCUCAAGGAUCGGUCCCAUGUUCACCAUAGAUAUAUUGAAUUGUUCCUGAAUUCAUGUCCGAAAGGAAAAUAAGACUUCCAGGGAUUCCAGAAAAUAAGGAUGAAGCAAGAAGCAUUUCAUUUGCACAUCUUUCUUGGACAUGGGAUCUAAAGUUCCAGGUUUUUAGCAGCAACUGCUAGAGAAACCAUUUGGGGGUUUGGGGUUAAUUGCUUAUAAGAAAAAUUCCAUAGUGGACUGUUUAGAAAGAAAAAGGAAAGAUUCAGUUUGGGAUUAUGAAAUAAACCACAGAUUUACUUUUUUGUUUAAACUGUCCAGGAUCUGAUUAAAAAAUCUGGUCUUUAUUUUAUAUGAUUAAACAGUUUUCAUAGACGAUUUGUGACCCAGUGUAAAGACUGCAUAUUUUUAUUCAGCGCUGUCCUUUAAAAUCUUUCUCCCAUUUUAAAAAUGAUCUGUUUGAGGUUUUGUUUUUUGCCUGUGAAUUAAGAGCUCUGAUGUGAAACUUUUUAUGGAAUGAAAUACUGAUUAUUUUAACCAAAUACUCACCAAAGCAAGGAAAGGUUUCAGACCUUUGAACCAUUAUGGUUUGGCAGAGUUAUUUUAAUUUUAGGUGUAUUUGGUUACUUAGAUGGGGUAGGAAUUUAAAAAAAAUCAAAACAAAAAACAAAUACCACAGGUUAGUGAGUGUAAAUGACAACAGUUUGGCAGUUUUAUGUCUUUAGAAAUGUUUUGCCUUUCUAAGCCUUGUGCUGAAGGCAUUUAACAUUGGUGCCUGUAUAAUUAAGGAGGCAAUUAUAGUCUUAAUGUAAAAGUUGUCUGACCCCUGCCCCCCCACCUGUUUUUGGUUUUGGGGUAGACCUUAAGGUGUGUGUUAGUCUCAAUACUGUGAAGUGACAUGUCAUAACAGUCCUGACUGGUAAGGACAUUAAUGGCUUCACUUGAAUUUAAACCAGCUCUAGAUAGGAAAAAAUCUGAGUCUCAUUUGCUUUUUCAGUGGGGUAGCACAUCCCAUAUUUUAGAACAAGUAGGGGUGCCUUGCUUAACUACAAAUAGCAUUUAAUGUAUAAUCGUGUGAAAGGAUUAUGGAUAAAGCUGUAUUUCUGUCACAUUGUGGCAGUAUUUUCUGCUUUAAUAUUAAACAGCUUGUUAUUUAAAUAUUGGAUCAAAAUGGCUGGCUUCAAAAUGUAGUCAUUAAUAAACUAACUUUAUGUGUACCUGUGUAGGAGAAUCAAAGUCCUGUAUGUUUUCUUUGCCUUGUUCCUGUUCUCAGGGUGACGACUGUCACGUGGUUACCAGGAGAUGCAGUUCUAGUGCUUAAAGUUUAAUUAGCCCAGAUUUCUGAGAGGUGGUAUCUGGAAGAGAGAUUAUGUCUUCUCUCACUUAAUACAUAACCAUCUUUGAUUACCAGCUAAGAUACGGAAUCACUGUACUGUAAGUAGUCAAUAAAUGAAGGCUUGUUUCAGGCUGAAGAUUACCUAAGAGUAUUUAUUUUGGAGUGUGUGAAUCAACCUAGUACAUUUUUAUUACAUCAAGUCCUGGUAUAUUAUUAUAAGAAGAAAUGGUUAAUUUGUAAUUGUGUUUGCUUUUAUCAUUCCUAUAAGAGCAUGAUUCAGUCAACCAGCUUAACAUCUUCCGUAUUACGACCUAAACAGAAAUGUAUUUUCAUAUGUGGUUGAAUGUAUUGAGCUAUAAGAACUGGUGUCUGUAGCCAUAUGAGCUACUAGAAUGCGAUCUUUUCUUUCUCCCUCUAGCAGUAGGUCUGUGGAAAAAAAUCUGUAGUGUUGAUUAGGAUUGGGGUUGGUGAGGAAUUAAUUCAUUUGCAAUUACUUUAUUUUAAACCUAAUGAGGGACUUCCCUGGUGGUCUAGUGGUUAAGACUUCAUGCUCCCAAUGCAGGGGGCCAGAGUUAGAUCCCUAGUCAGGGAACUAGGUCCCGCAUGCCGCAACUAUAGACCCGGUGCAGACAAAUAAAUACGUAGAAAUAAAAAAGAUAAUGAGUUUCCCUUGCACAUCUCUCUGAAAAGAAUGAGAGCAAAGCAUUAAUAUAUUACGUGGUGGGUAAGCUUGAAGUGUGUAUCUUCUUGUCACACUAGUGGCCAAGUUCUCAGAAAAAAGGUGGGCAUUCUUGGGAAGUCAUCUUAUGAAUUCAUAUACUUUCCUGUACUUCCUUUAGUAGGUUAUUGCUCAUAAUUUACAUUAGUAAAUGAAUAAUUGCUGACAAGGCAAAUUACUAGAAAAUUACUAGAAAGGGAAGAAAAACAGAUAAUAGAAUAAAAGUAAUCUUUUAUUUUUAUCCCAUCUAAAGACAUACUUCUCCCUCUUGAAAUUUGACAAGACUGGAUUAUGCAUCAUCAUUUGCUAUUGAAAGAAGUAAUGACAAUGAAUUUUGCUCUUCUCUUUGGGUCCUCUUUGUCUUUAUAAUUUCCUUUGUGGUAAAGCUCUCAGAAAUAGUGGGGUUGGAUAUGUCCAGGUUACCCAUAUCCUGCUUUGGCUAGCUCAAAGGAAUUGCAAGGGAAGACGCAUAAGGAGCGUGUAAAUACCAAGGAGAAGAUUGUUGAAGAUUGUGAUCUGAUCUGAUGUACUCACUUCUGCCAGGGAAUUAAGCAGAACCAUUUUGUGCUUGUCUUUCCACGUCUGGGUCAGACGCUUCUGCCAGGUGGCAAGGGAAACUGAUUCUGCUGUGGAGCAGUAGGCUCUAAAUCCUUCUCACUUCUGUGGUGUGGAGAGAAAGAAGCAGGAGAAAGCCACUUCCAUCUAUGUGACAUUUUGAGGCAGUGACCCUGCUUAUUAUUAGUUAACAUGCCCUAUUGGCAUCCUCUGCCCUAAACAGUCCCUUAGCGGGUUCUCACUUGGAGAUUUUUCUCUGGAUUACAUCUUGAUCAUUUUAUAAUUUAAAACAUUCCAUUAUUUUGAGAGUUUUCCCUAAAUUAUGUGAAAGGGUUCACGUUCAAUUGGUAGGGCCUGUGUUAUAGAGUAGAGUGGUAUCUCUCAGCAGUAAAGUGCCUAAGUUCCAGGGCUUUGAAAAAAAAAAAUUGCUCUAAUGUAGUAGGAAUACAUUUUUCCCGCCUGAAUUCAGCAGAUCAGAAAAUAAAUCUCUGAAGUUUGUACGAAGGGAAUAAAGCUGCUAUAAAUAUUUGUGUGUAGGUUUUUAUGUAUACAUAAGAUUUCAACUCAUUUGGGUAAAUACCAAGGAGUGUGAUUGCUGGAUCAUAUGGUAAGACUAUGUUUAGUUUUGUAAGAACCUGCCAAACUGUCUUCCAAGAUGGCUGAACCAUUUUGCAUUUCUACCAGCAAAGAAUGAGAGUUCCUGUAGCAACUCAUCCUUGCCAGCAUUUGGUGGUGUCAGUGUUUUGAAUUUUAGCUAUUCUAAUAGGUGUGUAGUGAUACUUAGUUUUAAUUCGCAGUGCCAUGAUGUGCAGGAUGUUGACAUCUGUAUAUAUUUGCAUCGGCAUAUUGUCUUUGGUGAGGUGUGCAGAUCUUUUGCCCAGUUUUUUUAGUUGGGUGGUUUUCUUACUGAAUUUCAGGAAGAGGAUAUAGGAAGGUUUAAUUUGGUUCUUAAACCUCGAUGAUACGAAAAUAAAUAGAAUAAUUUUUAAAUUUUGUGGUUUUUUGAAGGAAAUAAAAUUCAAGAGAUAUGAAGGGCUAUACGGUGAGCAGUUUCCUUCCCAUCCUAUACUUCAGCCACUUAGUUCCCCUUCUCAGGCAACCCUGUUAUCAGUUUCUAAUGUAAACUUCCAGUGAUUUUACUGUAUAGAUAAGCAAAUAUUAAUAGGCAUUUUCAUUUAUUUAAAAAAUAUAAAUUAUAGCAUAGUAUGUAUACUAUUCUGUACAUUUCUUCCCAUUUAAUUACAUUCUAAAUAUUUUAUAUCCGUAUAUAAAAUCCUUCCUCAUUUUUUAAAAUGAUUGUACAGUGUGGGUGUAUUUCAUUUAACCUGUCCUUACUGAUGAAGAUGUAAAUUGUUUCCAACCUUUUGCUGUUAUACUGCUGAAAUGAAUUACCUUGUAUAAAUUUGUAUCAUUUUGUACAUACAUAAAUUUCUCUGUAGGAUAAAUGAUCAGAGUAUGUGCACUUGUAAUUUAUAUCUAAAAUUCAAUUGAUAUCUAUAAUUUGUUUUUCCUUAGUUUGCACCAGCAAUGCAAUGCAAGUGUCCAUUUCCCCAUAGCCCCCCAACACAGUGUAUUAGCAAUCUGUUCUUUGCCAAUCUGCCAAGGUUAAAAAAAACACACAGAAUGGUAUUCUCUUAUGAUGGAGCAUUUCUUCAUGUUUAAGGGGGUUUGGGAUUUUUUUUCUUAUAAAUUUGUCUUCAUAUCCUCUCCCCAUUUUUCUUUUUCUCUUAUAAUCCCCAUCUACUUAUCCUCAUUAAUUUUAAAUCAACUUCAAGACAGCAUCAUUUUAUCUGGAUAUAUUUCAGUGUACAUCUCUUUUAAAAAAAAGACUUUAAAAAGUACCAUCAUUCCUAAAAAUACUAAUUUCUUAUCAAAUAUCUAUAUGAAAUGUCAUUUUAUAAAAGUAUAUUUGAAUCAUGAUCUGAACAACAGUCCACACAUUGCAAUGGUUAUUAUGUCUCUUUUUUCCCCUGCAACAUGUUUUAAUAAAAAAAUUCAAGUAUCUGGAAAAGUUGGAUUAAAAACAUGCCUAUACCUACCACCUAGAUUCUACAAGUAACAUUUUGCCAUAUUUUCUUCAUCAUGUAUCUGUGCACCCAUCAGUCUUUUUUCUUUAUGUGUGUCAAAGUUGUAGACAUCUAUACUUGAAUCUUAAGCUUUGUGGCAUCCAUAUCAUUAAGUAGACUUCUUGUUCUUGAGGUAAAAUUUACAGUGAAUUGAACAAAUAUUAAUUUGAUGAGUUUUGACAUACAGCUGUGUAACCCAAACCCCUUAUACAAGCUAUGGAACAUUUCCAUCACGUCAGAAAAUUUCUGUAGUCAAUUCCUGUACCUCUCCCAUCCCUUUUUAUUAGGAUUUUGUCUUCACCAUAGAUUAGUUUGGCCUAUUCUAGAACUUCAUAGAAAUGGAAUCAGUAUGUAUUAUUGUGUAAAUUUCUUCCUCUCAGCAUGUGUUGAGAUUCAUCUAUGUGUUUCAGCUCUUUGUUCCUUUUCAUUGUUGAGUAGUAUUCCAUUGUAUGAAUAUGCUAUAGUUUAACCUUUCACUUGUCGGGUGAACAGCUUGUGGGCGCUGGGCUGUUUCCAGUUUUUGGCUAUUAUGAAUAAAGUUGCUGUGAAUAUCCUGUGCAAGGCUUCUUGUGGACCCACGUUUUAAUUUCUUUUGGGUAAGUACUUAGUAGAAUAUCCUAAAUUGCAAGGUUGAUACAUUGUUAAUUUUACUAGAAAUUGACAUACCCUUUUCCAGAGUGGUCAUCCUGUUUUAAACACCCGCAAACAAUAUGAGAGUUCCAGUUGGUCCACAUCCUCACCAUCUGAUGUUUUCAGCCUGUAAUUUUAGCCAUUCUGUAGAUAGUGGUAUUUCAUUGUGGUUUUCAUUUGCUGUCCCAAUAAAUGAUGUUGAGCAUAUUUUUAUAAGCUUAUUGACCAUUCAGAUACCUUUAGUGAAAUUGAAGUGCCUGUUUCUUAUUUCUUUUAAUCUUAAUGUUUCCCCUUCCAUUUCUUUUUUCCCUUCUUAUUUGUUGAAGAAAUGCAAUAAACCUUUAGAGGUUUUCCACAAGCUGAGUUUCGCUGAUGGCCUUUCAGUGAUGUUAAAUGAGCACUUUUCUAUUGUGUUUGGUCUUUUUCUUAAUUAAUUGGCUUAAUUGGCAGGAGACCUUGCAAUGAGCUGGCUUUAAAUACUGCCCCCCCCCACCCCCUGACAGUUUGUCACUUUAUUUGCUUAUCAUGGCAGAAAUUGUUUUUAUGUGGUAGAUUUCUUAAAUCUUCCCCUUUUAUGGCUUCUAGGUUCUGUGUCAGAAUUAGGACAUUCCGGUGAAAUGAUUUUGAAAGCACCUGGUGAUAAAGCAUGAAGUUGUGUAGCCAAUGUAGACUGUAGAAUAUGGACAGCUCAGUGAAACCCACAAGGAUCACCAAGCGAAGUCCCUAUCGUGAGAAGCGGCUGGUGGUGCAGUGGGUGUCCCUGUGAAGAACCUGUUCAUUUCUCACCACUGUUACCUUUGUUAGACUGCAGUCUUCCUGGCACAGCUGACACAUCUGUGGCUUUUCGGAGGGCAGCGGCUGAUCCUAAACCACACAGUGAGCCGGUUAGUUUCCCUUAGCCCCGGAAAGACCAGUAUUUUCAGAAUAUGCAUUUUUUAGUUACAAAAUUAACAUAAUCACACUACAGGCUAUCUGGAAACUAGAACAAAUUACAUACAGUCUCACCACCAUAUAUACAACUCUGAUAAUCCUAUCAUUAUCCUUGGUGCUCUUUUAAUUUUUAUAAUGAAGUAACGUGAUUUUAUCUAUAUAAAGAAAAUUCACGUAUAUAAAUGUAAAAAGCUAAAAAAAGGAAGCCCCAUCCCUCUUGUCUUAUUCUAUCACCAAGAAUGGAGGGAGUAGGCAUCAUUAUAUCCUAAUAGAUAGAUGACAGCAGUGACUCAGACAUAGUAGCAUUUAUCAGUUUUCUCAUGGAGUUGUCAUCUACCACUAUAUUUGUAAAUGUUUGGUUAUUUCUAAGUGAUCAAUAAGUAUUUUUUCUCUUCAUUUUAUAUAAGGGAAGACUAACGGAAAGGGAGGUACACUGAGCUCUCAGGUCCCUUGGUAUGUCAAAGAGAAUCUCAGAUAGGAAGUUAAGAGCUGCUGUUUACUUAGUAAAUUGCUCCAAACUGUACUACUUCCUGUGAGCGUUUCAGCCAAAUGCAUGUUUGUUCAGGGUAUUAUUAAAAGGAUGGGAAGCAGAGGCCUGUAUGCAUUCAUCUACCUCCCUUGCUGCCUCGUGUACAGCUAGGCAUGGUCCAGCCAACUAUUUAAUUUAUACAAGGUGUUUUAGGACAGGAGACUCAGUUACCUGUUCAUUCACAGGGUGAGACGGCAGCCUACAAUGGGAAAGUAAAAACAGUAACUAAUAGCAACAUAUUUCCUUUUUAAUCAUUUCAGAAGCACACAAAAAGCAAUACCAUGGUUCUUUUAUGUUGCUGAGACCAAAGUAAUUAUUAAUGUUGACCUCCAAAGAGAGGAAAUUUUGGUUGUUAAAUCUAUUACUAGAAUAUGAUCCUACAUUAUGCUAGUAGCUUCCUGUUUAAAAAUAGAUUGGAGUUACAUUUUGUUUCCUUUUUACUACCAAGAAAAUAGUGGUUAUGUUUCCCAACCUGUAAAACGUCAAUGGCCAAGGCCAUACUUUUAAUAGCUUUUUUCCUAUCCAAUAUUAUGGAAACCUACCCAUUAUCAUAUGUCACGUAUUAGUCCCUUGUCCCACGUACCCAUUCAGAUUGAAAUAUUGCUUCAUGAUACCAGCUGAGCUAACCCCGAUCUUCCCAACUUGCAACAGAACUUAUACAAGAGGAGAAGCAAAGCCUCCUCCUCAGCAAAGCCUCAGCUCUGGGAAAAACAGACCACAGAUCUACAAUGGUUCCAGUUCUCUUUGGUUGAGUGGCAGUGUGACCAUCAGUGUUACCAGGUUUUCAGCUGUUCCUUGGACCACAAUCCCAGGAAACCUCGGUAUGUUUUAGGAUUGCAGUUCUGGCCAGGAUAGGCCCUGGUAGCAGCUAUUAUAUAGUGCAGAGACAAAGGGCUUAAAAACAGAAGACAUGAUAAGGAGAGGCAACUUGGGCCUCUCUGUGGGCCUCAAUUUCCUCACCUGUAAGGUAGGAAUGGAUGAUUAAACUUUUGUAAGGAGAUAAUGAAUGUGACACACUUUUUAAGCUGCAGAGCACAAUACAAAUAUAAGGUAGUACACUUGUCCCUAUCAUCAGGUUCCGCAUCUGUGGUUGGUUAAAUCCCCAGAUGAGCAACCCACAGAUACAGAGAGCCCAUUAUAUCCAUUGUACUAGGCCAUUUUAUGUAAGGGGCUUGAGCAUCCAUGGAUUUUGGUAUCUGAAGGGGCUCCUGGAACCCUGGAUACCGAGGGACAACUGUAUCGUCUUAUAUUCCCAGGGCCUAAAAUCAGAACCUGGCAUGUAAGACCCUCUUGAAUGUAAAUGACUUGACUUUAGUCUGGAACGUGGCUGACACUGAAAGGCCCUUUUGAGCCCUGGUUAAUUUUGUGGUCUAAUUCCUUCCCAUGGCCCAUGCUGAUCUAUAAUGUUAGAUGGACUGUAGUUUAAUAAGGCUGGUCCUAGAUCAGACCAUGUUCUUUGGGAGUAAACUUAAAGGUACUGGAAUCAUUCUGGCCUUGGAGGUGAGGAAGAGCAGUUUAGGCUAAGUACCUGCAAAAUCAGCCUACUGUUGGACUGUGUGAUUUAUCUUCCCCAGCAGCUAGUUUUGCUCCAGAUGACACCCUAUCUCAUUCUUAAGGCAUUAAAGGCUGGACAGGUACAGCUGCCAAAAAUGUAUACUGUAUAGGUCUCUCAAAAUCCCUCUAUGGUAUCUUUCCUUGAUAAUAAUCUAUUUUUGUUGUUGUCAUUAAUAAUAGACUUUAAAUUUUAGAGCAGUGUUAUGUUCACAGCAAAGCUGAGCAGAAAGGACACAGAUUUCUCAUAUAUUCUGUUGGACCUCCCACCCUCCAGCCAUUAUCAACGUUCCACACCCGAGUGGUACCUGAUGUUACAGUCAUUGAACCUAAACUGACACAUCAUAAGUCGUAGUUUACCUUAGGGUUCACUCUUGGUGGUGUACAUUCUGUGGGUUUGGACAAAUGUAUAAUGACAUGUAUCUAUCAUUAUAGUGUCAUACAGAGUAUUCUCACUGCCCUACAAAAUCCGAUUCAUCCAUCCACAUCCUCUAAGCCCUGGCAAUCACUAUCUCCAUGGUUUUGCCUUUUCCAGAAUGUCACAUAGUUGGACCUUCUUCAUUUAAUACAGUGGCAGUAUGUAAUGUUUUGUUGUUAAAAUAAUUGUUAAAAGUCAACUUCCUUGGAACGAUCCCAUGUUCUUCGUUGCGGGGAAAUGAGAUGAAGAGUUAAGAAAAAGGAAUAAAGCAAAACUGUUUUUCUCCUUAAGACAAAAAAAGUGAGGGAAAUUAGAGUAUUUAUUUGAAACAUAGCUGCCUUUCACUUAGUACUUAGGUGCAAACAAGUCAUGCCCAAGUACAUUUAAGAACCUAGGAAAUCCUAUGGUUUGUGCUUCAUUUACUUGUCCUACUGAUCCAGUAAAGAUUAGAUUAGACAUAAUCCUUUAAGUGAUAGUUUGGGGAUUAACCAGGGAAGAAUCAGAGGACAGCUUGAUCACCUUUCUUUCUUUCUUUCUUUCUUCUGGAAUGGACUAAAUGAGUUUGGUUUAACAUCUGGCUUGUUAUUUAUUCACUCCCCCUUCAAAAUGUCUUUCUGAAAUAUUAAUAUUACAAGUCAGUGUCUGGUCUGUGUCAUUGCCAGUGUAUAUCAAAAGCUCCCUUUUUCCCACCACCCCAAAAUAGCUUUAUAUCCUAGUUAAUACUUCGUUAAUAAACACCUGUGGCUUUCUUCCAGGGGCUUUUUUAGUUUAACAUUUUCCUCUUCAAUUUUGUGCUUCUCAUCCUGCCAAAAGAAAACAGCCCAAUUUAUUAAUUAUUCAGACCGCUAAACAAUGAUGAUGCUGCAGACAUUUUCUUCUAUAUUGUCUUAGCUUGGGUAUAAAGCUAAGCAGCUUUUUUUUUUUUUUUUUUUGCGGUACGCGGGCCUCUCACUGUCGUGGCCUCUCCCGUUGCAGAGCACAGGCUCCGGACGCGCAGGCUCAGCGGCCAUGGCUCACGGGCCCAGCCGCUCCGCGGCAUGUGGGAUCUUCCCGGACCGGGUCACGAACCCGUGUCCCCUGCAUCGGCAGGCGGACUCUCAACCACUGCGCCACCAGGGAAGCCCUUUUUUUUUUUUUUAAUUAGGGAAGGAGUUUAACUUUGGAGAUAUUUUCCAUCAUUCUUUGUUCCAAAUAGUUUCUUAACAAAUGAUUCUGAUAGGGUUUGCAACAAAUGAUUUUCAGAGUAGAUAUUUUCUUUAAUGCUUGAGACUCAAAUGAAAUUCAGAAUGUAUCGUAUUUACUUACAAAGUGGCUUCAAGGUAUCAGUUACUUCUUAGGAAAAAAGAAAAAGAAACAAAAACAUACACACACACAAACCCCCAGCUGAGCUCUGGACAGCUAGUGAAACCGAGCAUGGCCAUGUCCAGCAGACUGUGUAAUCCUCUAGACGCUCGGUCAAGUAUUUGCCUCAGUAUCAUGACAACUUCUAUAGCCUAUACAACUCGAGGGGUUUUCUACUCUGAAGGACCAAUGGAAAAUUCCAAACUGCAUUUCUACCAAUGCUGCUAAGCCCUGCCUGGGCAGUUUUGGGGGGACAGAUUCUUCCUGUGGCACAAACACUGCUGUCUGCCUUGAACUCCUUGCCCAUCAGCCUCUAAAAGGAGCAUGUACGUUCUCAGACCACUCCUGGAAAGGCUUGCACUGCACGGCGAUUCAAGAUUGAGAAAUCUAAGGCCUCACUGGAAAAACAGGAUAAGACAGGCCAAGAUUUUAAGUAAAUCUCUGUAAGCCCUUAUACGUAGAUUUUAUGUUCACUAAACUAAGAUAAUAAAGACAGCCUGCUACAGAGAGAAUGGUUCUUUGCACAUGUUACAUUAGAGGUGUAAUAAAUUUCCGUUCACCACUUUUCUACUCCAGCAAAUUAGCAGCUCACUCUCUAGAAAUUUUAAAAAGCUUAUAAAUUUGUCCUGCUUUGUUAUAUAUAAUAUUUACAAAGAAGGUAUUUUUUUCCCUGUAUUUGACAGAAAAAGUAUUUCACGCUUUCCUGAUUUUAUUAUUUGAAGAGAGUGGCUCGGUUUCCUGGGUCCCAGAGAUGAUCGUAAUCCAAUGUUAGAUCUCGCACCACUACAGGUUGCUGGAGGUCUCUUUCCUAACACUGUUCUGUAGAAGCUUCUACUCCUGCUCUUUAAACCACUCUAUAUUACCUUCCUUUCCCCGUGCCUAAUUCCCUUUUUUUCUAAUUUUCCCAAGAGAAGUACCUUGAGUAUACUAAAAUUGAAAUCUUCAUGACUUGAAAAAGGUGUACAGAAGCGAAUCCAUAUUUAAGACAAUUCUGUUAAAGGGCAAUUCAGGGUUGGGGAGGGAUGACUAUACCAUAUUAUUAAAAAGAUACUAAAAUAAUCUUACUUAACAAACUGAAAGGAAUAAGAUGGUCACUGGGAAUUAUGGUCAUUAAUCCCCUUUUCCAAAUGAAUUCAAGUUAGAGUGUCCCAGGGGCAGACUCAGAAUCAAGCCUCCAUGUGUUUACUCCAGCUCUCGCCUGCCACCUACGUACUCAAGGCCAUAGCAAUUAAGCAUGUGUUCCAUAAGAGAAAACUGUCCGGCCCAUCAAGGUAGCCAAUAAAAAUUAAGUAAAUAAACAUGGGAAUAACAAAUAUUACCGUUUUGGGUUCUGGCUUCUGGGAACCCUUUCCUGGGAUGCUCCUGUUGUUUUGUAACCUUCUUUCUCUUUCCUGUUUUAGUUCUAACUCAAGCUGGUUCCUGGGAUAGGUGGGAGAGAAAAACGAUGAAAAUUUGGAUUUCUGUACGCCUAUCUUCUAAAGAAUGCCAAACCCUUUUCUUAGAGUUCAGUAAUUAAAUUUUAAUACUUGAUUAAUAAAAAGUAUACCAGAUAUAUAUGGACAACCAGGUUUUAAAGUACUAAAAUACAAUACAAUCAAACCAGUAACACUGAAAUACAUUCAACGUGUUUAAUCUUCCUUGGAUGAUUAAGAAUGCACUUUCAGAUCUCCCAGUGCCUGAGGGUCACGGCUCCGAAUAGCAACAUUUAAUACUAACUCUUAAUGAAAAGUUGUGGUCAACUGAAUGACAACUAGUAAGAUUUACUAUAAUUGAAAGACAGUAUUUCUAUAUUUUCAGCAAGAUACAGUAUGAAAGCACUAACUCUGUAGUCCCAUUACAUAUGAAUUAGCUGCUCUCUCUUCACAGUUACGUAGUUAAUUCCCAGUUACACCCUCAACCACUAGUAUCCUUAGUAACUGUGUGCUUUUAUAUCCAACAGCAAAGUUCUAUUUGUUUGAAGUCAGUGCCUUAGGUACAGAGUUGAGUCUCAUUUGAGAGACGGUAUGGAAGAAUGGUUAAGGGCUUGGAGUCAGAGAAAUUGGCUUUUAAAUUAGUGUUGCUACCUAUUAGCUUAACUGUGUGAAUUUGGACAAUUUAACCCCACUGAGCCUCAAUUUCCUCUGAAGGUGGGGGUAAUAAGAUCACCUACAAAUAGGGUCGAUGGGACGAUGUUAGGAGAGAAUGCAUAUGAAGUUCUUAGUAAAGUAUUUGGCACACAGUAAGAAUUUAGGAAAUCCUGUUAUUAGUGUUGUGUUGGCUAUUAAUUCUCUUACUCCAUCCUAUUUACCUGGGAUCUUGGGUUCUAAUUUCCUAAUUCUUUGAUGGCAAAAGAUGUUGACGAGAUUUGAGGAAUGCUUAUGUAUGUGAAGCUUUCUGAAUUCUAAUUCUGGAGAAAGGACAUGGCAGGACAAAACAGACAUGGCUUGAUCAGGAGACCGCCCCUCUCUUGCUGUCUGGCCUUAGUACUUCCCAUGACCACCCUGGCCGCUAAAGCCACCCGUUCUUCACCGCUGCCUGGUGAGUUCCUCCACUUCCAGCUGCAGACUGUUGAUCUUGUCUCCGAAGUCCUGCUUGAAGAGCCGGUUGUCCAAUUCAGCAGACUGGCGGCCUCGCUCAGCCUGGCGCAAUCUGGAUGUGAGCCAUAUGAACUUGUGAUAAAAAACACAAGCCAUGGUGGGGAGGAAGACCAAGUUCAAAACACAAAAUAAAACAACCCAAGGGCAUGAAGAGACAGAGAGAGGAAAAUAAACUUUGUAGGACGUGGGAAGAAAUUAUGGGGGGAGAAAAGAUGGAGAAGAAACAAAUUCUUUAAAAAAAGCAAGAUGAAGGUGAACCAGGCAGAGGAAUAGUUGAUUUUCCAUUUUUUUUUAUUCUAGUACUACAGUUUACAGCCAUUAGAUGAUAAACAAUAAAACAUCACUUUUUAGAAAAUCCAUAUCCAAAGCCAACCUCAAGUACAUAGUAAUUAAAGUUAAAUCCACUUUUUUGUUUUUAUUUCCUAAUAGGUUUGGUACUUUAUAUUUCUGUUUUAUACUCACUGGAACUUGCAAAUGGGCAACUACCUUCUUAUAUGUGGAACUAGAACAUUUUCCUGGUCCCUUCCCUAAACCACAAAUUAUAUUAAAUCACUGGACACUAUACAUCAACCUUUACCCAGGCUUCGGGUUUUUAACAUAAUGAAAAGCCUUUGGCUAUCUCUUUCCUUUUCCAUUUCUACCAACUGGUGUGUGACUAAGUGGACAAACAAUUCAGCACUGGGCCUGCAUAAGAUUCCUGACCAUAUUCUCUGGAAGAUUGUGAAUGUUUUCUUCCAAAUAUCCUAUAACUUUGCACCUAUAAAGAAGCAUGUUCUAAGGUGAAAUAUCUCGGGCUCUCUGUAAUAGAAUUUGGGAGCAUGCUACUAUGCUACUAUGUAUAGUCUUUAAAAUGUUUUAUUUUGGUGUUUGAGCACUCCUUCCAAAUGCUCAUAGAAAAGGCACCUCAUCACCACAAAAGGUUGAUGAAGGUAAGAAGAGGUGCAAAAUUAUAAGAGAUAAACUAAGUUCAAAAGUACAGGCUCUUCCAUGAAGUUGGUCAUAUUUUCUUUGACUUGACCUUGGUUCAAGUCUGCAAGGACCUAUAAAAACACACAUGAAAUCUAUCUUACUCUCUUAAUUCUGUUUUUUUCCAAGAAGACAGUAAAGAAUUUCAAGAGCUGGGAGCAAAGUUAUCUUUGUCCCCACUUAAGCAGCUGAAAUGCUGCAAAUCUACUAGAAUGAGAAAAAACAGAAAAACAAAAAUUCUCCCAAGACUUUUUGAAGGAAUAAAGGCUUAUGUAACUAACACCUGUUCCCCCAAAUCAAAAGUCAUUUUUAAAAAAAAUCAAAGUAUUUAUAGGAUUAUUACAAUGUAAUGCCUAGGAAUGGUCAGAUCUGUGGUCACUUAGAAAAAGAAGCCCUGCUGAUUAUUGUUUAUGAAUACCUACUGGGAACCUUUAUUUUUAGACUAAAUAAUAAUAAUGAAUAUGUUUAUCAUUUGUCUAUUUCCUACUCUGAAAUGGUUUUCUAAUAGAUUGUUAUUCUCCUAGAAACUUAAGCAAAUUCCCAUCUGAACAAAAAGUAACAGAAACUCUUAAGUAAACGUUGCCAGCAAGGAACAAGAGGCAGGAAACCAUCACUCAUGUCUGUGCCUUGUUGUCUUUACUCCGAAAGGAAAAGCAGGAUAGAUGUGAAAAACGUGUAGCGUAUUUUUUUUUUAAUAGAAGAGAUGUGCUUUUAUUAAAAUUGUUCUCUCUGAGCUACCUAAAUAGGAAGUGGAAUUGCAGGAAAAUGGCAGAGGUAGAAGAUGACAAAUAUUAGGAGGGUUUUCCCAAGCUUCCACAUUAUGUUAUCAUAAGUUACCUAAUCACUAACUUUAUCUCUAUGACUUUAAAGAAAUGUAAGGAUGCUGUUCCCCGCCCUCACCCCACUGCCCCCCACCAAAGUCACUAAGGCAAAAUAGUUGCAAGCAAUCUUGGUUACUGAGAGUAGAACUGUAGUGGAAUACUAAGUACUUAUCCUUGGCUUGGGGAUUAAACCUAGAUGACAAAAGUGAAAAGGGGUCAUGGCCUAAGAGACACAGAACUACUUUAGAAGAGUCCAAGACCAUGUGGCAGUCACCUCUAGUUCAUUACAUCGCAACGGCAGAACAGGCUCAAUGACACAGACAUCGCACCUAGAAACUGGUAUUGUUGGGGACUGGACUGUAAAGGUACCAGUCAUAUAUGUACAGAGCUUCAAUUCCCUAGGAUGUUUUUUAAUGGUGUGUUUAUUUAUUGGUCAACUCAAGUAAUUUCUCAAAGUUUAUUUGGUAUUUAAUUGAGAACUUAUACUCAAUUUUCUAACUCUGGGGAGAAAAUAAAGAAGAAGAAAACACAGCCUAUAUAUAUCAAACGUUUUUUUUUUAAAAGU